AACGGUUAAAGAACGGGGGCGGAGGGCAGCAGGGAAAUAGCUGGAUUUGUAAUGUGAAGCAUUGCAAGCCAACCCCCAACUGAACCGAAUCCGAAUUUAAAAAGGUAUCGGCGAGAUUCAAGCGAGUCAUCUCAAUCCCAAUCCUUUUUUUUUUUUUUUUUUUCCAUUUUUCUGUUGGCGCUUGUUUUUCUCUUCCAAAACCCACCUCAACUUCGCUGUAUUCUUCGCCAUUUCCAUUAAUUUACUCUUUUUUCAGUUGAAUUUCAACUGGGGUUGGUCGUUUUCAUCAAUUUUUCUUAGUUCUUCCUCUAAUCUACGAAGCUUUGGAUACUGGGGUUCUUUCCUUUUUCUUGAUCUUGCUGGGUUUUUGUUCUUUUUUGUGUUGCUGAUUGCAGUUUUGGGUGGUUUCCUGUAAUUUAUUGCGGAGUUUAUAGAAGUUUAGGUCAAUUGUCUUUCUUCUUUGUGGAUCUAAGGCUUCUGGGUUUUCGGUCAAAAGAAAGAAGAAAGAGAGAGGGAAAUCUGAAUGGGGUUUUUCAAUUCAUUAAUGGUUCUUUAAUUUUGAGUGGUUGUCGGUGCUUUAGAGAUUGGUUUGGAUUGGAUUCAAGAGAAAAUGGAGGUUUCGAUUUCUCCUAAAACAACACAAGAAGUGGUGGAUGAGAUAAUGAAACUCCACAGAUCUCUGCCGCUCAGGCCUGGAAUUGAAGAAGUUGAAGGGGCCAAGGUUCUGAUCAGCAAUGUGGAUAAAGAAGCCCAAAUCAAACUGGAAGCCAUUGAAAGACAGACCAAGAAUCAAGAUGUUCCAGAAGAGCUUUUCAUGAUCUUGCUUGAUAUGCAGAGGAAUUUCAUCUCCUUCAAAAGCAUAGAAAACAAGUGGGAAGCAAUGAGAUUGCUGGAAAUUGAAAAUGUCCACUACCUGUUCGACGAAAUGCUUCAGAGAGCUUCAAAGUGCGUUUCUCCUUCUCCUUCAACCUCUUUACAAACACCCAAUGCCGUUUCCUCUCCUUCCUAUCCAACUUCGACCGCUAGUUUGAAUAGAAGCUCCGCCGUUCCUUCUGUUUCUGGGAGUGUCAGUACCUUCACCGCAGCACCUUCAAGCUUGUUCUACAAUUCUGAGAAAGGGCCUACAAAAACCGCCGCUCAAUUAUUCUCUCGAGAUGACAGUUACGUCCCAACAGGCAACAAAGCUUCGUAUAUGGAUGGCUUUGGAGCUAGGCCAGCCGUUUCUUCCUCGUCCUUUAUCAAGGAUCCAACCUUAAAACAAGCAAGUUCCUCAGGUAAAGAUGGUGAAAAGUAUAAUUUGAUGGCGCUGGCUAGUGUUAUUGAGAAAGCAAAGAAGGGUAGUCAAGUUCUUGAUCUAAGAAACAAGCUGAUGAACCAAGUAGAAUGGCUGCCUGAAUCGAUAGGGAAGUUGACCAGUUUGGUUUCUUUAGAUUUAUCUGAGAAUCGUCUUGUGGCUCUGCCAGAAACUAUUGGAGCUCUUUCCCAAUUGGAGAAAUUGGAUUUGCAUGCCAACAGGCUCAAUAAUCUUCCAGGCUCUUUCACAGAUCUCGCCAGUUUGAUCCAUUUGGAUCUCAGGGGAAACGAAUUAGUAUCUUUGCCUGUUUCAUUUGGGAAGCUGAUUCAUCUUGAGGAGAUUGAUCUCAGUUCAAACUUACUCACUUCACUCCCUGAAUCCAUUGGUAAUCUUGUGAAGUUGAGAAGAUUGAACUUGGAGACAAAUAAUAUUGAGGAGAUCCCUCAUACGAUUGGUCGGUGUACGUCGCUCUGUGAGCUGACUGCCGAUUAUAAUCGGCUUAAAGCACUUCCUGAAGCUGUAGGAAAGAUAGAGAGUCUCGAGAUUUUGUCUGUGCGUUACAAUAACAUCAAACAAUUGCCAACAACCAUGUCCUCUCUCACCAAUCUGAGGGAGCUUGAUGUAAGUUUCAACGAGCUUGAAUCUGUACCAGAGAGCUUAUGUUUUGCAACCAAACUCGUCAAGAUAAACAUUGGAAACAACUUUGCGGAUUUGCAAUAUCUGCCAAAGUCGAUCGGGAACCUAGAAAUGCUCGAAGAACUGGAUAUUAGCAAUAACCAGAUACGGGUUCUUCCAGAUUCAUUCAGAAUGCUGACUCGGCUUCGUGUUCUCCGAGCAGAAGAGAAUCCGUUCGAAGUACCCCCCAGACAGAUAUUUGCUAACGGCGCGCAGGCUGUUGUUCAAUACAUGAUUGAUCUACAUGAGAAUAGAAAUGUGAGAUCAGAACCAGUUAGUCGGGAGAGGAAGAGGAGGUGGUGGCAUAGGUUCAUCUUGUGCAGGAGCGAUCCAACAAGCAACCCGAGGGCUUAAUCAUUGAAGAAGACGAUGACGAAGAAAAGAAGAAGUUUUGAGGAAACCCCAUUAAUGAUCUGAAUAGAAAA